AUGAGUUUAAACAAAAUUAAGUACGACGAGCUGGAGGAGCUAAGGAGGAAAAAUGAAGUCCUGAUGAACUUGCUAAAUAAGCUAAUCUCUUUCGAUAAGAAAAGGGUAUUUCUCUAUCCCGUCAAUGUGCAGUUUGUUCCAGAUUAUUUGAACAUAAUAAAAGAGCCAAUGGACUUUACCACCAUGAAACAGAAAAUCCAAAAUUAUAAAUAUAGAGACUUUCAAGAAUUCGAAAAGGAUUUCUUCUUAAUUAUCAAUAACUGUUACACAUACAACGACAAAAGUACCAUCUACCACAGAAUCGCAGAAAAUGUAGAAAACUACUAUAAAAAGGUUACCCCCAAAAUAUAUAGGAAGUACCUAAAUAUACAUCUGCUAUAUCACAGUGAGGAUAAGGAUGUGUUAAAUAAUACCCUAUAUGACCCUAACAUGAUUGAGGCCAAAAAAACACCUGUUAAGGAAAUUAAAAAAAGUCUCAGGCCAAAAAAACAAGGAAAGGUAGGCAGACCAAGCAAAGGAAGCAUAAGCUUUAAAAACGAACAUGCUGAUAUGAACCAACCCGGGAAUAUUAAUAAAAAAAAAAAAAAAAGUAACAAUAAAAAUUUAGCAAAGACAAAUAUGCACAUGCAUGGUAACAACCCUUUUUAUGACAACGCCUAUGGGUCAUUUAACGGUAUCGCCCCAAAUGACAUGUAUGGAUAUAAUAAUGAUGCAUAUGCAAGUUUAGAGAACAUGCUAGAGCAGGAGAACUUCUCCACAAUCUUAGAUACCAUUCAAAAUAGUAAUGAUAAAUCGAAGGACAUUUUUGACAUGCUGAUUAAAGUACUGUCAGAUAACAAGGGCAGCUGCUCCCCCCUAUGUAACUAUGUAAAUAUAAGCAAAUCGUUACGGAAAGUAUUUUUUGGAGUUCCCAUUUCGUCCAAAAAAAAGAAUAAAAAAAAUUCCCCAGCGUGCACUAGUGAAAAUCACGCCCAGCUAUCCCCAAACAGCAGAAAAAGAGACGUAACCGGUGUAACCGGCGCAACCGGCGUAACCGGCGUAACCGGCGCAACCGGCGUAACCGGCGCAACCGACGUAACUGACGUAACCGGUGUAACCGACGUAAGCGAUGUAAACGAAAGUGCGAAUGUAAAGACUAAAAAGAGGAAACUAUCAAAUGAAGAGGAACGGGAUAACUACACGGGGCCCACUUCGCACAGCAGUGCUCAAAACGAGACCGAUGCUAAGACUGACACAAGCAUUGACAGAGAAGCCAGCUGCGCGGACUGCGAGUCGCCCCCCUGCCAACCCGACAGUAACGAGAAUAACAACGCAGACGAAUUAAACGAUGAUAGUGUAAAAACGGGCGAAUACGAGGAUAAUAACCCCCCUGCGGACACAUUAAAUGACAAUUCUGCAGAGGAAGAGAAACCCCCAGAUAAGGAAAACAAACCAGAAAAAGAUUUCGUAACAUACAACAUUGAAAAAAAAGAAUUAACCAUGAAACUGCUAAACUACAAAGAAAGUGUAAAAAAAUUUAUCGGAGAAUCAAAUCUUCCCACAUUCAUUAAUAUAUUCCCAAAUAUUUACAACAUUCUAGAUAAUGCAGAUUCAAAAAAUUUAUACUAUGCUGCCUUCAACGACUUGAGAGUUUUCGGCUUAGAUGUAGCAGAUUUUGGCGAAUUUAACCAAAAAAUUUCCUACAAUAAAAAUUACCUCCUGGGAGUUGGUAGAUAUCAUAUAAAAAAUGUCUUAACAUUGGAUAAAAAUCUGUCAAACAUAAUGCUCAACGAUGGGAACAAAUCUCAUUUUCGUGAGCAGAUAAAGUCGUACUUAUUAAAUGAGAAGACCAAACAGUCAGCUACAAAUAUGAAGAAGUGCUCCCCAACUAGUGAAAAUCAAACAGAAGAUAAUUCACACUUCGAAAUGGGAAGUGGGCCAGAAAAUCCCGUUACGCAAAGCGUUCAACAUGUUAGCAGUUCUCACUUGCACAGUUAUGAUAAGGACCAUUCCCAAGCGAAAAAUAAAACAUCCACAGGUAGUACCUUUGGGAAGAAGCCAAAUACGAGUAGCCCCCUUGACAACUCUCAUCUGAUGUACAAUGACCCACAUUUUAAGGACAAUUCGAACUAUAACAGUGACCAAUUUUCGAGCGAAUCAUCUGACGUUGACAAUUUGGACAUGAGGAACUUUUUAGAUACAUACAAUUCGUAUAGCAAGAAAUUUAUAAGGAGGCAACAGAUUUACAGAAUUUUGAAAAAUAGAAUUAAAAAGCUGUUUAGAAAAAACGCCACGCAGAAGGCUACGCCGUAAGGAAGUAGCACAGCGUAGCCUUCCUCAGAGGGAAAACCGUUUCCCCGAAUGGUGUUGUCUCUAUAUAUGUAUGUUUGUACCCUUUUUCAUAUAACAUUUGUGUAGACACGCACGAUGUAUAUACGCAAGAAUAGCGUGCCCCCCCGCAUCAUGCACCGUGCAUCGCGUUUGCAUUAAAAUGCCCAUUUUUUUUAAAACGACGUGAUAAACCAUCGC